AUGUCCAAUCCACCCCCCGUAGCUCAGAUAGUGCUCCUCGACGCGCUGCCCGAGCUCGCUGAACCACCACGACGCGUGCGCCUCGUCGGGAGGUGAGGUGGAUUCGUACCCGAACCCCGCAAAUUUGAAACCAAGCAUGCUUAGCACUGCUUCUUCUAUCAGGGUCGUCUCUUUGGACGUCAAGAACCGCGUCGUACUCGUCGUCGAUGAAGGCCAUGGGCUGCUCGUCGACUACUCCGACAGCGUCGGCGACAAGGUGGCUUCCUACUCACCAGCGAUCAAGGACCUCAUACAAGUGAUCGGAAUACUCGUCGCACCUCAGGUCAUUAACUCUUCCCUACUCAUCCCGUCUUUACCUGAUAGCGAUGUGCUGACUCGAUUGUACUUGUCGCGCACGAAUUUCAGGCUGGUCAAGUUUCUCCGCCCGAACCUCGGAAACCCUUUGCGUCUCCGAAACAGAUGGACAAGACCCAGGUCCUUCAGGCUUAUCUCAUCAGUCAUGUCGAAAAUCUCGAUCUGGGACAGUGGAAGCAAAUGGCCUCGAUCAUGAAGUCUUGA